GUAUCCCAUGCAGCUGCAGUGGUGGCUGCGGAGACGGGCAGCUUCAGCGUGCUGGCGCCACUUUCGGCCGUGGGUCCCUCUGCCCGGCUGCCAGCGCAGACGCUGGCUGUCGGCCUGCCGCCCCAGGCCUUCGUGUGGUCCAGAGGCGAGAACUUGGUGUGGCCCAGCGCGCGGCCAAUCCCGCGGGAGUUGCGCCCGCCAAUCGUUUUGCCUGCGUACGUCAGCCGAGCCAUUGGACGAAUGAAGGUCAACGCCUCGUCGGCCAGCAUGGAACUGGCACCCUUGGUGACUGGUGCCUGCGGCUUCCUUGGCAGGCACGUGGUUGCCGCGCUGCUAGAGACUGGCCUGUGCAGCCGUGUCUUCUGCUUGGUCCGCGCGGCUGACAGCACGAGCGCCCAUCGCCGGGUGGAGGAGGCGCUUCGCAAGGCUGGAGUGGCGUCGCUGGACCAGGUCGAGGCGGUGGUCGGGGACCUGUCGCAGCGGAACUUCGGGCGAUCCUUCGUGGAGGUGCAGCGCCUGGCGAACCGCGUGACUCACGUCUUCCACUCCGCCGCCAAAGUGAACCUCACGGAGCCCUUCGAGAUGAUGCGCAAGGACAACGUGGAUUCGACUGCGCAUUUGCUGGAGUUUUGCUCCAUGGUGCGGCCGAAGCCCUUUCAUCAUAUUUCCACCAUGGGCGUGCUGACGCCAGAUAUGCUGGACCGGCAAGGAGCAGUCCGAGAAAGCGCGCCGCUGGGCGACAUCCGCAGCAUGCCUUUGUACGGCACAGGGGACCAGGCCAAUGGUUAUCCUCAAAGCAAAUGGUUGGCAGAAAUGAUGGUGUUCGAGGCGGCUCGGCAGGGGCUGCCAGCCUUUGUUCACCGGCCUGGUCUUAUUGGCGGUCACUCCAAAACUGGGGCAUCGGCGCAAGACGUCUUCUUCCACUUCCUCUCGGAUGUGCUCCAACUGCGGCGCUUGCCAGCCAUGGAGGGAGACAAGUUCAACUUGACGCCGGUGGAUUGGGUGGCCAAGGCGAUCGUCCACGUCGCUCUGCGGGAGGAAGGUGUCAGUGGCAGUGUCUUCCACCCGGCUGUGCCCCACAAUGCCAUCACCAUUGCGGAGUUGGUCAAGGUGUUCCGAGACUUCGGGUAUCAGAAUCUGCAGAUCAUGGACUUCGUGAAAUGGCGUGACACCAUCAUCGCAGAUCCGAUCCGCUUCAAGAGUUGGUCCUUCUGCGCGGCCCUCACGGCAGAGGGCCACGGCAUCGACUCCAUGGCCGACAGCUCCGCGGGCGCUCGGGCCAUGCGCGAAGCCGUGGGCGAGGCCUACGACGCCUUCCGAGCGGACCAGUGCCUGGUGCAGCAGAUCCGGUGGUGCGUGGGC